UCAAGUGUGUGUAGGACACAAAGUUUCUUCAUUAAACCCACCCCUUUCUGAACAGACAUAAAAGGAACGGAAACAUUGUGAUUUCAUCCUCUUCCUGACACACGAUGGAUCUGCGAGUCUCUGUUGUUCUUCUUUUCUUUUUUUUCACUGGAGGAUAUUCACUCCAGUGUUACUCGUGCUCAUCUGAAAAGACGGGGUUCUGUGAAGCAAAAGUGGAAGCAUGUCUAGCUGGAUUUUCUAAAUGUGGAAAGACUAUAGUGGAAAAUUCAGUUGGUUCCUCUAAGGUGUCUUACACAGCUAAAGGGUGUACACCUAAAUGUGAUCCAGGGACCCAAAAGAAUGAAUUAGGGACAGUGUCUCUCCACUGCUGUGACACUGAUCUCUGCAACACAGCAGAUGGAGUGUUUAAGGGAAGCUUCCUCCUGCUCUUCUCUCCUCUGCUCUUCUACUUCCUGUUUCAGUGAGUCCAGAUUCAAGACUUCAGAUUCUACAGUGAAGAUCAGUGAAUAUGAGACACAUUCUGAUGCAUUACUAUAGUUUACUGAAUAAAGCUUUUGUUGCUCUGCUGUUCUUUGUAUCAUGAAUUGAAGAACUCAGAAAUAUGCAUUUUAAUAAACAAAUACGAAA